GUUGAUGACAUUAGUCAUUAGGUAAAGUUAGGUCAUAGGUGGUUAGUUGAAGUUAUAUAUUUAUUUUUGGGUAUUUUCCCACGAAAUUUAAAUCUAGAAGUAAUUAAGAAAAGUUCCAAUUUAUUGACUUGGUGACCACCACUAAUCCCCAUUCCCCUCCACAACCUUCCAAAAACUCUUAUAUAAACCCAUUCCUAAUUUAGAUUUCCCCUUCUUUUUUCUUUCUCCUUUCUGCCUUCUCUAUAUUCAUUUCUCUCUGUACCUCUCCUCUGUCUGUCUUCCUGCAAUUUCUCGUUCUCUGUGUUUGUCUCUAGGCUUCUUUCUGUCCUCUUUUUGCUUCUUACACCUUUUCAAAACUUUGACUAUUCAAUUUACUCUUAUUGAUUCCAUUUAUUGCUGCAUUGCUGAGAUUUUUUCUUCUGCCAUUUUUCAUCCAUCACUAAAACUUCAGGGAAUUUGAGGAGUUAUAUUACAUAGAAGGUCACAUUUCAUUGUUUUUUCCAAUCAUUGAAAUGAGAAGUUCUCAGGAACUCUGCGCUUGAUGGACUGCUUCCCUCCGAACAGUGACAAGAAAACUUUAAAGAAGUGGUUUUUCAUCGACAAAACCGUAGGAUAAAGCGGUUAUUUUUUAUUGUAGAUUGAAUCCCAGCCUUCCUUUCCUGAAUUUCUCUCGAACUUUUUCUUCGUGGAAUCCAUUUUAGUAGUUUAUCCUAACUAUUGCAACUUCUGCUAAGAAACUGGAUCCUAUGGACCUAAAAACUCCUGUUCUUGCUGACCCUGCACCGAUCAAGAAGUCUCGGUUAAGCAUGCAUUCUAGUAUUUUACCAUACUCACCUCAACCCCAACGAGCACUCUUUACUGGAAUGCUAUUGUCGAUUCCUAGGAAGAAAACCGGUGUUUUAGAUGAUGUUCGUAUUACUGCUUGGCUGGAUGCUAUGAAAUCUUCAUCCCCGCCACCUAAGAAGUUCACUUAUGAUGCUAAUGCUGAGCAAGAUUCAUCUGAUGUUGAUGUUCGUUAUCGUGCAUGGAUGCUGAAUUAUCCAUCAGCCCUCUCAUCAUUUGGGAAAAUCCUUCAUUUUGCCAAAGGCAAGAGACUUGCACUGUUUUUGGACUAUGAUGGAACGCUGUCUCCCAUUGUAGAUAAUCCCGACUUGGCUUUCAUGUCUGACGAUAUGCGUUCUGCUGUAAAAGAUGUUGCCAAAAUGUUCCCAACUGCAAUAAUCAGUGGAAGAAGUCGCGAUAAGGUUUAUGAAUUUGUAGGAUUGUCCGAACUUUAUUAUGCCGGAAGUCAUGGGAUGGAUAUUGUGAGCCCUGCUAAUGGCUCUGCCGUCUUAAACGGCCACCCUAACUGUGUCAAACUUACUGACAAUCAGGGUAAGGAAGCUGUUCUCUUCCAGCCUGCUAGCGAAUUCUUGCCUAUAAUAGAGGAGGUGUAUAAAUCCCUUGUCGAGACCACCAAAGACAUUGCUGGUGCAACAGUUGAGAACAACAAGUUUUGUGUUUCCGUUCAUUACCGCAAUGUAGAAGAAGAUUAUUGGAAGAUUAUUGCUCUGCGCGUAGCUGGUAUACUAAAAGAAUACCCAAAUCUUAAACUUACUCAUGGUCGGAAGGUUUUAGAGGUCCGCCCUGUAAUUGAUUGGAACAAGGGAAAAGCUGUGGAGUUUUUGCUUGAUUCACUUGGUCUUAGUAACUCUGAUGAUGUGCUUCCAAUAUAUGUUGGGGAUGAUCGCACUGAUGAGGAUGCAUUUAAGUUCCUGAGAGAAAAAAAUCAGGGAUAUGGUAUUUUGGUGUCUUCUAUACCCAAAGAAACUCAUGCAUUCUACUCCCUCAAGGAUCCAUCAGAGGUUAUGGAAUUUCUCAAAGCACUUGUAACUUGGAAGCUGAGUUCACUCUAGAUUAACCACAACCGAGAAAAGUAUAUUUCUAACAUUACAUAAGAUCAUCAGUCAAAAAAACAAAAAAAUUACAUAAAUAUAUAUAAAUAUAUAAAUAUAUAUACAGUAUGGGAAGGAUAAUACAAAGAAGACUGCAACUGCAACAAGUUCUAGAGCAAGGUUCGACAUGGAAGAACCCGAAGAAGUUUCUCUUGGGCCAAUUUUGUCUUUUCAAGGUGUCUCCGCGAUUUUUGUAAAUCCCUUUUCGUUUGUAUAUGUUUAGUCCUUUGUAUUUAGAAGCAGGUGCUUAAUUUUCCCUUUUAGAGUUUAGUACCAUUGCUUCCAAGUUUAGGGUAUUAGUCUGCAUUAAUUAUGUCGAAGUCUCGUAUAUUAGGUUAGUAAAUGGGUUUUUAGGCUGCAAAUUCUUUCAUUUGUGAACUUGGAAUUGUUCGAUCGAUCGAUGUCGUAAGGUGUUUUGAGAAAUGAAGAGAAAAUAGAAUGGUGAUGUUGUCUCUUAGGUUGUUUCUGGUGGGUUAUAUUGCUGGUAAGGUACUAAGGUUAUGGUGCUGUUUUUUGGCAUCACAUUUGAGGACUUGUGGUUCUUCGUCUUGGAAUGGUAUGUGUAAUUCAUUAUUAUUUUAAUAAGAAGAAAAAUUGUAUUAACAUUUUCAUUUGUUAAUUUUAAUAUAUGCCUAUACAUAAUUUUUCACAAGAAA